AUGGCCACUGGUAAGCAUCCGAAGCCCACACCCGCCAAAAAGACAGAGGCAGUACCCCAUACUAAAACUCCUGCGGUCCUGGAAGAGCCUCUGUCCGCUCCGUAUGAACAAACUGACCCUCCUGAUGUAGAACAACUCGGCAAAUCGACAUGGACCCUUCUCCACCUGAUAGCCGCUACGUAUCCCGAGGAACCUACCAGCAAGGAGCAAGCGGACUUGAAGCAGUUUGUCAAAUUAUUUGGCAACUUCUAUCCUUGCUGGUUUUGCGCUGAGGAUUUUAGAGGCUAUGUUCAGACGAAUGAGCCAGAUACCACCACUCAAGACAAAUUCGGAAAGUGGUUGUGCAAUGCACACAAUGAGGUUAAUGUGAAGCUUGGAAAACCAAAGUUUGACUGCGAUUUAUGGAAAAAGCGCUGGAAGGAUGGUUGGGAGUAG